AUGGUCGGCUUCACGAAUAUCUGCGCCAUCGAAUUACUAGACGAGCAACUUGCUCACCUCAGAUCCAUUUUGACGGCUCAGCAAAGGGAAGAUAUCAUGUAUGACUACGGUAUGACUGUGGAGCAGCGUAUACAGGUAUUACAAAGCUCAAGGGAUACAUACGAACUCAAACAGAGUGAACUACCAAAUCGUCUCGAGGAAGCAGAAAAAAAGGUCAACGACCAUGCCAAGCAGAAGAACAAACAAGAUGUUAUCAAGCAGAAGCGACGGAUAAUAGACUUCUCAGACGUCCCAAACAAGUCUGGUGGUCCCGCCUGUCGUACCUCCACCUCACCCAAGAACCGAAAGAAAGAUCAGGAGAGGACGGGCGUCCUCCUGUCCACAGCCAAAUCGAACACGGCUAAGCAGUCAAAGUCCAAUGCCACAUAG